AUGAAUCUUAUUGCUGUUGAUACUGAGCGUAAUUCCUCUGUGGAAUCUGAUUCAGUGUCGUCUGCCUCACCUGUAUCGACUUCUCAGACAACUCCUGCUGUCAUGAGUGAUCAGGAAAUAGAUAUUAUUGAUGACGAAGAGAAAAUCACCAACGAAAUGAUCAAGGUUGAAGAGGAAAUGUCGCAAGUUACUGUAAAGGAAGAAGAACAACGUAUUGAGGAAGCUGCUCAAGUUCAGUUUGACACGACUAUUAAAGAGCAAAGAAUGAAGCGUUUGAACUUCUUACUGGAAAAAUCUGGCGCCUAUGCUACUAUUCUUGGUCGCAAGAUGGCAAAACAACAGGAAGAAGCACGUGAAAAAGCGGCUAAGAUUGAUGCUGCUAAUGAAGCUAAGAAGGCUGGAAGUGUUCAGGAUAAACCUAUUAAGGAAGCAACCAAACCUAAAGCUUCUGCAAUUAAUCUGCGUAAACGAAAGAUUAAUGAUGAGGCUGAUUACCAAUUGGGAGAGUAUAUCAAUGAAGAUGAUGUUAAAAGACGUAAGCAAACGGAUGAUAAUGUCAGUAAAGCAAUUCAAGAAGAUAGUGGACGUGGAACCGUACCAAGUGGCCAAAUCAAACCAACAAUCUCUGCCAGACAGCCAGCUCUUGUGACCGGUGGUGUAUUGCGUGAUUACCAACUUGCAGGUGUGGAAUGGUUGACUAGUCUGUGGGAAAAUGGUCUGAACGGUAUUCUGGCCGAUGAGAUGGGUCUAGGAAAGACUCUUCAAACAAUCAGUUUUAUUGCUCAUCUCAAAGCUAUGAAUGUGUCUGGCCCUUAUCUGAUUGUCACUCCUUUAUCAACUCUUGCUAAUUGGGUCAACGAAUUCAAGAGGUUCACUCCUGAAAUCCCUGUCCUUUUGUACCAUGGUAGCAAGGAAGAACGUCAACAUAUGAUUAACCGUAAGAUGCAAAAGAAGAAGGAGACUUUGCGCGAGUUCCCUGUUAUUGUUACAAGCUACGAAAUUAUUAUGAAUGAUCGUAAACAUCUCCAACGCUACAACUGGAAGUACAUUGUUGUUGACGAAGGACAUCGCAUCAAGAAUUUGAAUUGUAAACUUAUUAAGGAGCUCAAGACCUACUCCAGCGCCAAUAGACUGUUGCUUACUGGCACACCGUUACAAAACAACCUGGCUGAAUUAUGGAGUUUGUUAAAUUUUCUGCUCCCUGAUAUCUUUGACGAUCUUGAUAUGUUCCAAUCCUGGUUUGAUUUUUCUGAUAUCAACCAAAAGAGUGGUCAAGAUCGUAUCAUGAAAGAGGAAGAAGAGGAUAACAUUGUGACAAGUCUGCAUACUAUCCUUAAACCUUUCUUACUCAGACGUCUCAAGACUGAUGUUGAGCGUUCUUUGCCAAAGAAGAAGGAGUAUCUCCUAUACGCCCCAUUAACCCAACCACAAAAGGACCUUUAUGAUGCAAUUCUCAAACGAGAUCUUCGCGAUUAUCUUAUCAAGCGAAAGACCAACACUAAUGAUGAACCCAAUCCUAAAGAAUUGACUGAGGAGAAGUCUGAGGAAGAAACCCAAAGAUCUAAGCGUCAGUCUGAUAGAGGCUCAAAAACAACCAGCUACAAAGAACAGUCUGACCGGGAUUUCUUUGCCCAGCAAAGCAAGGCAUUAGAGAAAGCUGAUCCGGAAAGUAUCACCAGUGAAUCUAUCCUAGAGGCCGGAAAGAAACACGAGAUGGCGGUGGCUACAAAGCAAGUGAACGGAAUGCACCUCCAGAACUUGGUGAUGCAACUUCGUAAGGUGUGCAACCAUCCAUUCUUAUUCGAUUGGCCCAUCGAUCCCAAGACCAACACAUAUGUACUGAAUAACGAAUUGGCUGCCCAAUCCGGAAAAGUGCUUUUGCUUGAUCGACUUUUGACAGCUCUGUUUGAGCGCGGCCACAAGGUUCUUGUGUUCUCCCAAAUGACCAAGAUGUUGGAUAUUCUUGAAGAUUGGUCUACAGGCCUCAAAAACUGGCCUGUCUGUAGAUUGGACGGCAGUGUUUCUCAGGAGUCCCGAAGAAAGCAAAUCGAGACUUUUAACGAUCCUGAGAGUAACGUCAAGUUGUUCUUACUCUCCACACGUGCAGGUGGUUUGGGUAUCAAUCUUACUGCAGCAGAUACUGUUGUAAUUUUCGACAGUGAUUGGAAUCCUCAAAUGGAUCUUCAGGCACAAGACAGAGUUCAUCGUAUCGGUCAAACAAAACCAGUACUGAUCUACCGCUUUGUUACUGGCAACACUGUUGAGGGCAAGAUGUUGGAGAAAGCAACUGCCAAGCGACGUCUCGAAAAGUUAGUUAUCCAUAAGAGCAAAUUCAAGUCACCAGUAACCGGACUCCCAUUAAGCAAGAAGGAUCAAGCCAAUACGGUUCGUGAGUUAGCCGAGAUUCUGGAAUCUCAAGAUGGUGAACAGGUUCAGAUUGUGUCCCAGGGGGACAAAGUAAUCUCGGAUAAAGACCUGGAGAUGCUGCUGGAUCGUAGUGAGAAAGUGUUCGAGGAUACUACAGUACGCGUGUCAGACCAAUUCAAGGAAAUGAACACAGCCGAUAUGGUGGAUCAAAAGAACGAAAUUCUUGCUACCCGUAUUUAG